AUGGGUUUGUGGGACGCAUUCUCCGAAAUUGUCGAGUCCGUGACUCCAUGGAGCACCGUCGAGGCUGAGGCUCCUGCCCAGGAACAGGAGUGCAAGAACGCCCCCCAGUGUGCUUCCGCUAAGCACCACUUCGACCACUGCGUCGAGCGAGUCCAGCAACAGGAGGAGGAUGGUGGAGCCAAGGAGGACUGCGUCGAGGAGUUCUUCCACCUUGCCCACUGCGCUACUGACUGCGCUGCCCCCAAGGUGUGGGCUCGCCUCAAGUAA